AUGGCAUCACGAGCAGAAGAUACCGGCGGCGGCACCGCCAUGGUCCGUCAAUCGUCGUCCUCAAGCUGCGCGUCAUCUCGAAGUUCCUUUUCCAAUCUGGGCCAAGGCGCGCCGCCAUUCGCCGCCAACGCUCCGUACUUGACAGUGAUGAAGACGCAAUUGAAUUUCUUCAUGACACGCUUGCUAUUUAUGCAAGAAGAAAAGGCCGAUUCCUUGGGCGCUCGUCGCGAACGUCGCAUGAACAAUAGUAUGAACGGGAGUGGCAAUAUGAAUAUGAGUGGGAGUUUCAACACCAAUAGCACGCGCCUCGAUAACCAACCAGCGCAAGCGCAGCAAGCCGAAGACCACGGCAAUUUGUUGGGCCCCAUGAUGGAACCCGACGAACUCUCGACGGACGAUAUUUGCGUCUUUAACGACAAUGCCCGCAUCUUGCCCAAUUCCCGCGCCAAGAGUUUCCCGGCCGUCCCCUUUCCACCCACGGCACCGGAAUCGCCACGACCCGUCGAAGGCAAAGAAGGAGUGCUCGUUGUGGCACCUACGCAUCGUCCGGCAUCCCCCAAGAGUAACGGCAGUACAGUAGUAGUGGAUCAGUUACCAGAAGCACUGCCGUUGAGUGACAUGGCACUGGAAGACAGGACGAAAAAGGCAGCAGAAGAAGACGAGUUACCACCGCUGGAGCAACAGCACGACGACGAAGAAGAAGAUACCGUCAUGGAAGAAAUGAUGGAAGCAGAACAGCACUGUGACUCCUCGUCACCCCAAGACGAGACGGACGAGGAUUCCGCCGAAGACGCCAAGCCCAAAGCACGUGCCAGUGCCGCCGCUGUACCUACGGGAGCACGCGUCUUUCCCAAGAAUCAACGACGGUCCAAACGAUAUUCCACCGUCAAACGCAGUCAAUCCGAUGUCUCAGAACCGGACGAUGCUGGUAAGAUGGGCGGUUCCGCUCAUUAA